AUGCCCAGUGCUGCGUCCAAGGCCGCCAACGCUCGCUACUUCGACGAGCUCGAGCGAGGCGCGAGCCACGCUCUCGCGUCCGAGCUGCCCGUGCCUCCCGCUCAGUUCCACCCGCCACGGCCGCCGCCACCGCCCGCCGACGAGCCGGUCGUGCCCAAGCGCCGGCGCGGUCCAGGUCCGCCGAGGUGCGACAGGAGCGAGACCUGCAAGACUUGCGUUCGUCCUCGUCCCUCUCCUCGGCCGUCGUCGACGUUCCUGACCCUCUCGGCAUUCCUGCAGCAAGUGCGCGGCAUCCAGUGCGAGUACAUUGCCGCAGCCCCACUUCGUGCCGCAAUCGCCGGCUCGGUCAUGUUCGCCAACAACCGCAUCGAGAUCACGCGCCUGCGCGCCCAGGUCGCCCUCCUCCUGCGCGUCCUGCGCAUCAGCGACGCCGAGCUGCAGUACCUCAUGCACAGGGCCGACCAGCCCGAGCCGUUCGUCCUCCCGUCACCGUGGCGGCCCGUGCGCUGGGCCGCGCCGGCGCGCCGCUCGAGCGCCCUCGCGGCUGUCGACGAGGAGCUUCCUGAGCCCCCGGUCGAGCACCACGAGUCGGACAAGGAGGAGGAACACGCCGAGGAGGCUGCCGUCGAGGAGUCGCCGGUCGAGGCCGACGAGGCGGUCUCGAAGGAAACGGCCGCGCCGCCGCCCGAGCCCGAGGCCGACGACGAGCCUGCGCAGCCCGGGUCCGAGCGCGAGGAGGAGCCCACGGUCGAGCCGGAGGAGGAGAAGGAGCCCACGCCGCCGCCGCCACCGACGCCGGCGUCGAAGCGCAAGCGCAAGCGCGAGCCUGAACCGGAGCCCACGCCCGAGCCCUCUCGUCGCCGGUCGCAGCGCUUCAUGCCCAAGGUGGAGGAGCCCGAGGAGCAGAAGCCGAAGAAGGAGGAGCAGCAGCCGAGGCGCAGGUCGAGCCGGUUGAAGGGCGCCUGA